AUGUCCGCAGGUUAUGAAUCAACAAUGCAGCGUGUCCUGGAUAUUCCAGAGAUUGUGGAGAUCAUCUUCAGCUUUCUGGACAAGAAGGACAACAUCAAUAAUGCAUGCGUCUGUAGAAAGUGGUCCGACAUCGCAGCGGACUCCGUAUGGAGGAAUAUCGACGACAUUACUCAGCUAUUGCGCCUCCUCGCCCCUUUGGACACGCCACCGGCCGUCCAUCCACUCCAAUACUACACAUUCACUCGAAUGCUGAACGCGGAAGACUGGCGACGCUUCGAGCGACACGCGCGCCGCGUACGGAAGCUCUCGUACGUGAGGGCACCCAAUGAUCUCAAUUCCCCAUAUCUCGGUGGCCGUGUCCUCGACGAGAUCGCCCGUUCGCGGACAUCCAUCAACAUACUUCCCAACCUCGCGUCUUUAGAGUGGUGCAGCGACGAGACUCGGCAUUCUCUCGUCUUCAUGGGCCCGAGCGUCAAGCGCUUCUCCGUGUACCUGCAUGAGAGCACGGACUAUUCCCUCUCGGACCAUUUCAAGGACGUCUCUGCUCGGAUGCCAUCUCUUACGCACCUCGACUUUGCAUUCGACUUUGCUGUACGCGACAUCGAGGCAGACCUCAUCACGCUCAUUGGCGAGCUGCCACACUUGAAGCAGCUGACACUCCCCUCGUACAGUUUCACUUCAAGGAUCGUGGAAGCUCUGUCUUUGCUGCCCAAACUCGAAACAAUCCAGUUUGAGUUCUGGGAACGACAAGGAAGAGGCGAUCCUACUGACAUCGCUGUGUUCUCACCGACAUUGCGCGAGGAAGCCUUCCCGGCUCUAUGGGAUGUAAACCUCAGCGCGCAUCUCCCGGACAUGACACGGUUCAUCACGAGCCCUCACGCACCUGCCCACCUCACUUCCCUCUACGUUCAUCUACCCUCGGCGGCAUCGCCGUCCGCCAUCAACGAGUACCUCACUGCCGUGGCUGAAAACUGCCAGUUGCUGGAGAGACUCUACAUGGAUCUCUUCGUCCCACCCUUGCCUGGAGUGCCCCACCAGCCAGUCUACGCCGAGUCACUAUCAUGGGGCGACCUCCGUCCGCUGCUCCUCUGCAAGCAUCUCAGGGUCUUUGAGCUGACAUGGACGUUGCCAGUCCUCAUGCAGCAGGAUGACGUAGAGGAGCUAGCGUCGAGCUGGCCUUCUCUGCGGAUCCUCCAGCUCAACUGCCUGCCGAACCCCGUCUUCCCGCUCCCCCCGCCCGAGCUCACGCUUCGCGCGCUGAUGCCCUUCGCAACACAUUGUCCCGAGCUCGAGGAGCUCGGCCUUGACGUCGAUACCAACGCGGCGGAGCUCGCGUUCACCGCGCACGACGCUGCGGCGGCGGCGCCGCCACCCUUCCGCAAACUCAAGCGCCUGUGCUUCGGGCUGUCGCCGAUUGCGGAGCCGGGCCCCGUCGCGCUGUUCCUCAGCCGGAUGUGUGCGCUCGGGUGCGAGAUUGCGGCGGGCCCGCGCGUGCCCGACGGGUUCAACGUCGUCUUCUCUGACUGGACGCUCGAGCUGCUGGACCGGUGGACGGAGGUGGGGAAGGUGCUCCCGCUGCUCGUUCGUUUGCGGAUGGAGGAGCGGGCGCGGAGGCAGGAGCUGGAGAGGGAGGUGGAGGACCUGAGGAUGCGAUGUAAUGUCCUCGUGGAGCGGGCCACGUUACCGGAGGGCGCGCUCAAUGCAGACGGCUCGUGCUUGGUGCUAUAA